AUGAUAACAAAAACAAAUAAUAUUGUUUCUGUACUUUCAAAUAUUACUGGCAUACCAAACUUGUUAUUUGACUUCAUUAACGAAGAGACUGAGGAACAAAAAUCUGGCCACCAGUUGAGAUUGAAUGUCUAUCCAGCCGAACAUAUGCUUUCCAAGGCCUAUUCGGAUAUUAUCCUUAAUUAUGGUUGGAGAAAAUUUACCUUAGUCUAUGAUGUUGAUGAUGAUACUGCCCCUAUGAGAUUACAAGAUAUUCUCCAGUUAAGAGAUCUAUACAUUGAUGCGGUGCGGGUACGAACAUUCCGAAAAGGCGAUGAUUAUCGAAAUUUAUGGAAGAGUAUGCAAGGCGAUAGAAGAGUAAUAUUAGAUUGUUCGCCAGAUGUAUUGGUGGACAUAUUGAAUGCCUCCAUUCCCUUCGACAUGACCGGACAAUUUAAUCAUUUGUUUUUAACCAAUAUGGGGAACCUUGAAGGCGUUCUGGAGCCAUUGAGAAAUAAUGAGACUUUCUCUCUCAAUAUUACUGCAGUUCGGCUGAAAGAAAGUUAUGUCAAUAUGAAUUUUGCGGAUAAAGAAAAUUUGGCGCGAGAAGAACAACCCAGGAAACUACUACCGAACCUAAUACACGAUGCUGUAAUGUUAUAUUAUUUGGCCCUGAAAAACAUAAGCUCACAUUAUAUGAUAGAAGAUUCACCGCAGUACUUCUGUGAAAAUUUGGAUUUCAGUGGGGAAAUGCAACGUUGGCCUUUUGGCGAAUACACCAGAAGAGUAAUGGGCCAGGCAUUUUAUUUGAACGACAGUUACUUCAAACAUGGUCAGAUACAAUUCGAUAGCUAUGGAUAUCGAACACAAUUUGAAAUUGAAAUCUAUGAACCAGUGGAUAAUUAUAAUUUAGCCGUGUGGAAUACAAAUGGUCACAUACGCAAUGAACAUAUUUCGAACAAUGUUACAAAGAAAAUUGUUUAUAAGGUGGCCACACGCAUCGGUGCACCGUAUUUUAUGGAAAGGGAAGAUAUGGGUAAUGAAACGAUUGGAAAUUCACGCUAUAUUGGGUAUGCUGUCGAUCUUAUUGAGGAGUUGUCAAAGGAAAUGCAAUUCGAAUAUGUUUUUGUGCCAGUUCCCGGUAAUGGUUAUGGAAAAUACAAUAAGGAGAGAAAACGCUGGGAUGGCAUUAUUGGUGAAAUUAUAAAUAAUGAUGCCCAUAUGGGAAUAUGUGAUUUGACCAUAACACAGGCUCGCAAAGAAGUCGUGGACUUCAGUGUGCCCUUUAUGACAUUGGGCAUUAGCAUCUUGGCCUAUCAGAAACCAGUAGAACGAAAAUCAUGGAGUGCCUUUCUGGAACCAUUUCAGAGCGAAGUAUGGGUCUACGUUAUGGUUUCAAUAUUUAUAAUAUCGUUUCUCUAUUUCGCCAUAUCGAGAAUAACUGUCGGUGAUUGGGAAAAUCCUCAUCCCUGCAAUAAAGAUCCCGAUGUUGUGGAAAAUCGUUGGAAUAUUUCAAACAGCAUUUGGAUAACAAUUGGUUCCAUUAUGACAGCCGGCUGUGACAUCCUACCCACCCAUUCGACAAUGCGCAUUUUCACAACUAUGUUUUGGAUAUUUGCCAUUAUCAUCAAUAACUCCUACACCGCUAAUAUGGCUGCCUUUUUAACCAACAGUAAAAUGGAGAGUUCAAUUAACGGCAUUGCUGAUUUGGCCGGGCAAAAUGAAGUGAAAUUCGGCACCAUUGAAGGUGGUAGCACCCACUCAUUGUUUGCCGAGUCGAAUGAAACAACUUAUCGUCUGGCGUUUAAUCGAAUGCAAGGGUCAGAGCCUUCGGUCUAUACAAAGGAUAACAAUGAAGGUGUCGAACGAGUCCUGAAGAAUAAUGGCUCUUAUAUGUUUCUGAUGGAAACAACCUCAUUGGAAUACAAUACCGAGCGGAAUUGUAAAUUGACAAUGCUGGGUGAGACUUUUGGUGAAAAACAUUAUGCCAUCGCUGUGCCAUUUGGUGCGGAAUAUCGUCAUGCAUUGAAUGUGGCUAUUCUUCGGUUGGCAGAGAAGGGAAUUUUACCCACGCUCAAACAGAAAUGGUGGAAAAAUACAAACAGCUCAUGUGAACAGGAAGAGGAGUCGGAAAAGGACACCCCCGAUUUAACAUUCGACAAUGUUCGUGGUAUAUUUUACACGCUCUAUGUGGGUGUGUUUAUAGCCUAUGUCAUUGGUAUUACGGAUUUUUUACUCUAUACGCAUCAUUUGGCUGCCGUAGAGGAUAUGUCAUUUAAAGAAGUUUUUCUUCGAGAAUUUAAAUUUUUUUUGAACAUAUGGAAUAAUAAGAAGCCCGUGCCGAAAUCAAGAAGCAUUCGUUCAAACUCAAUUACAUCGAGUGAGAAGUCGUACAGAUCCUGUUCGAAAUCCAUAAAAUCACACAAAAGCUGUAGAUCACUGAGGAAGAAGUGCAUGGCCAACGGAGAUGUUCCGGAGGUAAAAAGUGUUAAGAGCUUGAAGAGUUGUCUGACAAAACAUUAAAUACAAAUAUUUUUCCAAUAAAGAUAUAUCAAAAUUUUAAAAUAAUAAUAAAUAAUACAA